GAGCUGCCUUUUAGUUUGAUUCUACCUUUCUUUGCUGCAUCGUUUUCCCUCUCCUACAACAUACGCAUUUUCAAGUACAAUAAAAAAAAAAAACAAGAUUAUGCCUUGGUGUCAUCAAACGGGUUUUGGAAUCAAGUGCUUGGUUGAGUUUUCAUGCAAUUCUUUACGUAACUUUCUACUAAGAAAAAGGACCUUAUUUUUUUUUCAAUCUUUUUUUAUUCAAGAAUCAUCAUCUUCAUAUACAUGGGUGAAUGUUGGGACAUAUAGAACUCAAGGAAAAAAAACAAUAUGGAAUUCCAUUUCCAACGUUGUUUUAGUACAUACUUUUUAUUGGCAUUUUGUAUACUAAGCCAAAGUUUCACAAUAGGCACCCUUGGUUUUGCUUGUAACUGGGGAACCAUUACAUCACAUCCUCUUCCAGCUCAAAUACUUGUGAAGCUUAUGAGGGACAAUGGAAUCAACAAAGUGAAGCUGUUUGAAGCUGAUCCCAUGGCAUUGAAAGCUCUUGGAAAUUCUGGCAUUCAGGUCAUGGUUGGCAUACCUAAUGACCUCUUGGACACAAUUGGUAGCAAUGUUAAUGCUGCUAUCGCAUGGGUCGACCAAAAUGUUUCCACUUACAUAUCCAAAAAUGGCGUCGAUAUAAGGUAUGUUGCAGUAGGUAAUGAAGCUUUUCUAAAAACUUACAAUGGAAGAUUUGUGCAAUCGACAUUUCCAGCCAUAAAAAACAUUCAAGCAGCCCUUAUAAAAGCAGGCCUAGGAAGACAAGUUAAAGUGACAACCCCUCUAAAUGCUGAUGUCUACCAAAGCGACACCGGUCUUCCGUCCGGUGGAAUUUUCAGACCAGACAUUCAAACUCAAAUGAUGUCAAUAAUCAAAUUCCUCAACCAAAACAAUGGCCCUCUCACCUUCAACAUCUACCCUUUCCUAAGCCUCGACGCCGAUCCUAAUUUCCCUAAAGAAUUCGCUUUCUUCGACGGUUCAGCUGCCCCUGUAGUCGACGGUUCAAUAAGUUACACAAACGUUUUCGAUGCGAAUUUCGACACACUCAUUUCAGCUCUCGAAAAAAACGGUUUCGGCUCAAUGAAUGUCAUCAUUGGAGAAGUUGGUUGGCCAACAGAUGGAAACUCAAAUGCAAAUAUAAAAAGUGCUCAAAGAUUCAACCAAGGACUAGUCAAUAGAAUAGUGAAAAAACAAGGCACACCUAAAAGACCAACCCCACCUGAAAUCUACAUGUUUUCCCUUCUAGAUGAAGAUCUUAAAAGCAUAGACCCUGGCCCAUUUGAAAGACAUUGGGGAAUUUUCAACUUUGAUGGAUCCAUGAAAUACCCUUUGAAUCUUGGAGGUGGAAAAUCACUUGUUGGUGCAAAAGGUGUUAGAUAUUUGACCAAACAAUGGUGUGUUGUUUCAUCACAAGCUAAUGUUAUGGAUCCUAAUUUUGCACAAAGUGUGAGCAAGGCUUGUACUUAUGCUGAUUGUACAUCACUUGCUCCUGGCUCUUCUUGUAGUGGCUUGGACACAAAGGGUAAUGCUUCCUAUGCUUUUAAUAUGUAUUAUCAAACGUUGGAUCAGAGGAAAGAUUCUUGUAACUUUAGUGGUUUGUCUGUUAUUACCAACAUUGACCCUUCACCUUCUCAAGGUAGAUGCCAUUUUGAGAUCAUGAUUGAUAUUGGGAAACAUGAAACUAAGUCCACCACUUCUUCUUCUGCUGCAACAAAAUUUGGAUUUGAGUACAUGAUGGUCAUGUUGGUAUCAAGCUUCAAUAUCAUCGAUUUAUUUCUAUUUAUGUAGUUUUAUUUGAUUUGUACAUAGUGGGUGUGCCAUGUUCAUCACUCAGAGAGUCGAUUUUUUUAUUUUUAUUUUUUUGGUUUUAUUUAUCUCUAGCAUGACAUAAAUAAAUAAAUAUAUGGUUGAGCUCAAUUAUUAUUUCGAGUGACUCAAAUUUUAAUC